AUCCAAGAGUUUUCCAUGGAAUAAGUAUACAACUAGAGCCAGCGCGAGACUGUAUAAGAUUUCUGAAUAACUUUCCCAGCAGUAUUUUAAAGCCAUACAAAAAAAAUUACUCGUAUUGUAAAUGUAGUUAUGAGCCUAUCAGUAAUUUCUUAUCAUCUCUUUACAGAAUGAGAUAGUAAAUGGUAUAUGCUUCAAACCAAUUAUGCAUUCAAUUUUAUUUUCUCGAUAGGAGACUAGGCUAAUGUGAACCAGGAUGGACCGCUGGGUCGGUAAGAUUGCGUUGGUAACUGGAGCAAGUUCUGGCAUUGGUGCAGCCACAACCAAGGCCUUGCUACAGGCCGGAUUGGUGGUUAUCGGAAUGGCUCGACGAGUAGAACGCGUGGAAAAACUAAAAAGUGAGCUACCGGCAACUAUCCAGCAACAUCUACACGCGAUUAGGGGUAAUGUUUCGAACGAAGAAGAUAUACUAACUGCAUUCAAAUGGAUCGAAGCCAAGUUUGGAGGUGUGGAUGUACUUAUCAAUAGUGCUGGUGUUUUCCACUAUAAGCUAAAGAUGAUUGAUGAAACUAACACAGCCCAAUUGCGAGAAAUAAUAGAUACCAAUGUACUAGGACUAGCCAUGUGUUCGCGAGAAGCAUUUAAUUCAAUGAGGAAACGAGCUGCAGACGGUCACGUGAUAAAUAUCAACAGUAUUGCCGGGCACCGGUCCCAUUACCCAGGAAUGAACAUUUACUGUGCAUCCAAGUUCGCAGUCACAGCUAUUACGGAAACCUUACGACAAGAAUUCAAGGCCGAAAAUACCAAGAUCAAAAUAACGAGCAUUAGUCCGGGUGCUGUAAGAACCGAAAUGUUACCAAAGGAGCGGCUUGAGCUAGGAAUAGCCGUACUCGAAGCAGAAGACAUCGCUGAUGCUGUACUGUAUGUCUUAGCGACACCGCCCCGAGUACAAGUUCAUGAGCUUACGAUUCAACCAGUUGGACAGUUGACUUAACACAUAACUGGUGAUUUAUUCAACCAUCAUCCGGCAUAGUCAAUGAUCACUCUAGAAUAAGGAUAGGGAAGGACUUGAGAGAUUUGUGCAUGAAUAUAUUAUAAUCAAACA